CUCUUCUCUCCAGUCAGUGUAUUACUCUUGCUACAUCCAUAAUAACCAUCCAGUGUUCUACCACUUAGGUACUGUCCAGAUCGCACAAACUACCAUAUUCAAUUCACACAAUCAUGUCCUGUUGCUCAAAGAAACAAGCUCAAGAAACCAAGCCAGCUGCCCCAGCUCAGAUCUCCGUUGUGAAGACCGCUGCCUCUAAGGGCUGUGAUGUGUGCGGAAGUGCCACAUGUAAGUGUCUUCCAGAGAACUGCAAAUGCACCGUGGACUCUUGCAACUGUGACAUCAAGCUCUGAAUGUCGCCAGGUACCAUGAUCACGACCAGAUAACUACUCCCUUACAUAACACGCACAUGAGACAUAAUACUCCAGUUGGGCCUGAAUUGGGCGCUGAUGAUCCAAUAUGGAGUCGGGCCAAGGAUAAUAACCGGUGAAAUCAAUGCACGCUCUUUUAUACUUCAGCUAAUUUGAUAGGUGUAUAAUACACAUGGGCAUUACACCACCGAGAGAAUGUACUAGCAUCGUUCCCAUCACCAAAA